GCGGUGGUGCUUCGAGCGGUAUUAGCCUUCCAGCGAUGUUAGGAUCCGGGCAUGGCUCCUCGUACAGUUUGCCGGCAGCGUCGCUGAGUUCGCUGGGUAGUUCUUCGGGACAUGGCCUAUCAAUCCAAUCUAUCGCCCCGAGUUCGUCCUACCAUUCGGUGAGCGGAGGUUUAGUAAUUGAUUCGAGUUCGCUUGGAAAAGGAUCCUCCAGUUACAGCCUCCCUGUGUCUUCCUCUCACGGAAGUUCCAGCAGCUACUCUCUCCCAACGUCCUCGGGAUCUCACGGAAUAUCUAGCCUCUCUUCCAGUUCUGGUGGAUCUGCCAGUUACUCCCUACCAAUCUCUUCUGGAUCAUCUAGCGGUCACAUAAGCCUUUCCAGUGGAUCUUCCGACAGUUCCAGUUAUUCUUUGCCUGUUUCUUCUGGAUCCUAUGCAUCUGGAUCAUCCCAUUCUAAUUACAUACCAUCUUCCUCCGACGUGUCGUAUUCAUCGGGUGGAAGUUCCAGCUAUUCCAGUCCCUCGUCCAGUUAUUCCGGUUCCGGUUCCAGCUACUCCGGAUCAGCUUCUAGCUACUCCAGCCCUAGUGUCAGCUACUCCAGCCCUAGCGUCAGCUAUUCCAGUCCUAGCUCCAGUUAUUCAUCUCCUUCCACUUCGUACGGCACCCCUGUAGAGUCCCAUGGUUCCUAUUCGAAUCUCAGUCCUAGAUACAUUGCAUACACCAGUUCAAAAGGCUACGAUGGUUUGAAUUCCGGCAGUAACAAAUACGAUACGAUUUCGUACUCCAGUCCAAGUGGAAAUGUAAAGCAACACCCACAUAGAAGAAAGUGCAGAAAUGCGUCGGUGCAGUAUUCUCUCGGUACCAAUCUCCGACGGUUGAUCGAUAUGGACUUGUUGCUAUUGUUUCUACUGUCGUCGACGAUUACGUCGACUUACGUUCAAGGAUACGAGAAGAACAACGAUCCAAAUGACGAGCCCUUUCUACCGAUAUAUCCGGUCUAUCCCUACAGUCCUAAAUUAAUUAAAAGAGGAAUCGAGAAAGACACCGUUACGCAACCAUCUCCGGAAUUAUACGCGCCCAAAGUCGAUGCCAAGGACUCCUAUAGCGUCAGCUUCAGCGCUAACCCUCGAGAUCCUUACAACUCUAAUUACAACCCAUAUAACAAAAUUCCUUCGUCAUCUACUUACGCAUACUACGGUUCCGUUCCAUAUUCAUACCCAACAAGCCCUUACAACACAUACAAUUCCUACUCGUCCCCCUACACGAUACCUUCGUCCUCUUAUUCAACAAUGCCUUACUCGUCCGCCUAUCCUAAUUAUUAUUACCAAUCUCCCUAUUAUUACGCCGAUUACUAUAACCGGCCAUUAUUUCCGCCGCCACCAUUACCACCACCUGCUAUCGAUUACUCUGGCGCAAAGUAUUCCAAUAUGGAAUCUAACGGCAGAAAUAAAGACAAGAAACUCGGCGGUGAUAACAACUACAAGAUUAACGACGUUCAAUUUGUCGAUGGAGCCAACUACAUUUCUGCAAAUUCGAAGGAUCUCGAUAGUCAAUCAAGUACGCAGAAAACCAGCAGUUUCCAGAAUCAGUUGGAACAAACGAACAGCAUCCUGAUUAAAAAUAUUCCAAUUCCAUUACCGAAAACGACCUACAGAGUAAUCAGCGUUGCGGGACAACCGGUAGGUCCUGAUUAUCCUUUGCCAGCAUCUUACGUGAAUGCUCAGCAAAUGGAAGAACUUAUGAAUCAUCACGAUUUGGUCAAGCUAUUGGCUCAAAAUUUGCAACAUGUUCCUGAAUAUCCAGCACGUGAAUCGACCAAAAAUAGCGUGAUCAUUGCGAACGAUGAUCAAGACGUGAAUCAAAACGAACGAAGCAAAAAUACGCGUUACGUUCCUGUUUCUAACAUAAUCGCUAAGACUGGUUUAACUUACGUAGUAAAUCCUACGGUUCUUAGGAAAUUGAACGUUGGAGAAGCAACUGCGCAAAUCGCACAGACAGCGAAAUCUCAAUUGAAAAACAUAAAGUAUUCAUCCUUAGCCCCAGAUGUGUAUACAGGGAUCGAGAAGCCCGAAGAAGAUCAAACCCAGUCCAACGAGUACGACAAGUACGAAAAUUACGAGAACUCGUCCUCUCAAGAUAUCCAAGACGAUUACGCGUCUGAUAAACAGCAGCAGAGUUACGAUAUAAAUCCGGUCCAGUCUUAUCAGAAUCAAAAUUAUGUCACGAGGCAAACACCUCGUGGGUACAAUUACCAAUAUACCAGCUAUAACCCAUCGCAAACAACCUCUCAGCGGCAAUCGCAGCAGUACCAGAAUAAUUUGGACAAUACAAAUUUCGGUGCUAAAACGAAAAAGACAUAAAUCUCCGGAGAUUAAGAAAGUGAAAGGGAAGUGGAAGAAGUCCCGUUGCUAUGGUGUUAUAAUUUGUUUUUUCAGAGUUUUAUUUCUAUAUCAGUAGUUGAAUAAGAUUAGCGUCGAUACGAUAUUUAUAAUUUAAUUAAGCGUUCUUCUCUCACUUUUUCAACGAUUGCCAUCAGUGUGUCUUCGAUAUAAGGGUUAAUUUAAAAAAAGAAUCAUGCGCUUUUCUGACAGAUCGCGCAAGAUGCCGUACCUCAUAGCAUAUUCUAUAAUACAAUAUACGAUCUUCACGUUACAACGUACCACUUUUAUUCGUUUUUUACUUCGAAGGAAUUCCGAUGUCACG